AUGAGGCUAAAUUUGUUUUUAAUAGUUACCAUCGGUUUGGUGGACACACACUGUGUUUCCCUGAGAUACAUUUUAAACUCCCUUGAAGACGAGCUUCAUUACGAAACAGUUCUUCUUUUACAAAGUUCCAGUGAAAAUAAUUUGUGUUGGAAACAAAAGUAUAUUCAAAAUGAAGUGCCCAUCUUGAAUCUGAAUGCAAAUCAAAGCUUGUAUCUAAAAGAUACAUUUAAUACAAAAAUAUUGGCACUAGUUUGCAUGGAUAAAAACGAAGGAAAUACCAUGCUGGCUCUGUAUAAAAAUCUGGAAGAUAUUCGCGAUACUCCCACAAUAUUAUUCGUACUAUCGGGUUAUGAAAUACGUGAUUUAUUCCACGAGUGCAUAAAACAAAAUAUGCUUAAUGUGGUGGCUUUCAAGGGCUUGGAUAGGGAGUUUAUCUACAGCUUCCAGGCGUUCCCAAGGUUUCAGUUAAUUAAAAGAAGUGUGAAGGAGAUAUCUAAGUACUUUGAACCGCAUCUUGAGGAUCUGGGCGGCCAUAUCCUUACAACCUUACCCGACAACAUAAUACCCCGAACAGUGGUCUACAGGGACCCCGAUGGAAACCGACAGUUGGCUGGAUACCUCCACCCCUUUAUAAGGAACUAUGUGAGCACCAUUAAUGCUAGUCUGAAGAUCUGCUGGGAAUUUGUUCCGGAAGAUGGCAUGAUUCAGUUGCCGGAAGUAAUCAGACUGGCGGAAGUUAAUAACGUGGACUUUCCGCUGGGAAUUCACGGCAUUGAGCAUGGAUCGACCAAACAAAACGUUCCGGUGGAGGUUUCCAGCUGGUUCCUGAUGCUGCCCAUGGAACCCUGUGUUCCCCGAUCUCGACUCUUCAUCAAAUUGGGUUUGGAGAGGCUAAUACCACUAAUGGUCCUUCUAGCCGUAGUGCUGGCUAAUGCUCAUCGCAUAGAGGCGGGCUUAGGUCCUACGUGGCGUACUGAUUCAGUGGGUGAUAAGGUCUUUCGUGGAACGCUAGCCCAAACAUUCAUCCUACCCAAAAGACUCUCCCCCAAGCUGAUGGCCAUCUAUUGGUAUCUCCUGCUGAGUGGGUUCUUUGUGAGCAACUACUAUGCCGCCAGUCUGGAGACUUGGCUAGUACACCCUCCUUUGGGUCAACCAAUCCUUUCCUGGGAACAAAUGCGCAAUUUGAACUUGAAGAUCCUAAUUGUCCCCUCUGAAUUGGAGUCGAUGAAGAAAGCAGUGGGCCAGAAAUUUACAGAUGACCAUAGUGAUAUUUUCCAACUGACCAACUCGGAGGAGUUCCAGAACAAGCGAUUAUCCAUGGACCAAUCCUACGCGUAUCCUGUGACCUGGACAUUGUGGCCACUUCUGCAGCAGGCACAGACCAGACUACUGAAGCCCGUAUUCCGUCAGUCCCGGGAGAUAGUAUUCAUACCUCUUUUGAUCCUGGCCAUGCCCUUGCCGAAAAACUCUGUGUUCUACAAAUCACUGAAUCGAUACAAGUCCCUCACUCACCAGAGCGGAUUAUACGAGUUUUGGUUCAAACGGAGCUUCAGGGACUUACUUGCCCUACGGAAAAUCAAUUACAAAAUAGAUGCGAGACAAGAGACGUAUCGGGAUUUCGAGUGGAGUGAUUUUAGCUUUGUAUGGCUGGCCUUUCUAGUGGGAAGUAUCGCAAGUUUUCUAGCCUUUCUUGGUGAGAUUGAAUACUACAGGUGGCAAGGAAAAGGCUCCUCUCAUUAA